GACUGAUAAAUGCAAUUGGAUUUGUGGAUAACAUGCGGUGCAGUGUGAAUGCAUGGGACUGAUGAAGAACCAUCUUCACUAACGACUUUGGAUAGAAGAUCAUAUGGCGCUGCAGAGAUAUAAUACAACGCUCUAAUGAAACCACUGAUCAGCUAAAUGAGGGAGCUGAACUCAGUUGCGUCUGAGCUAGCAGGGCGACAAGAAGAGAGCGAGCACUCCCACAAGCACCUGGUGGAGCUAAGCAGGGAGUUCAAGAGAAAUGUCCCUGAGGAAGUCCGGGAGAUGGUGGCCCCUGUUCUCAAGAGUUUCCAAGCCCAGGUGGUAGCUCUGAACAAGCGCAGUAAAGAGGCCGAAACAGCGUUCCUGGGAAUCUACAAGCAGCUCAUCGAAGCCCCAGACCCAGCUCCCGUUCUGGAGGCCACACACACUCUGGAGGAGAGGCUACAGCAGCUGCAAGGCGAGGCCCCGGGCAGCGAGGCCCUGGUCAGGGAGAUCAGCGGGCACUGGAGGAGACACCUGGAGUGCCUUGACAAGCCAGACAACUCAGAGGCAGGGCCAGCGUCGGUGUCAGACGAGGUGUCCAGGCGGACAGGACGAGGGAUGACCCCCAACAGCACCCACCCCCCCAGAGCCCCUGGCUCCCCUCAACACAACCACCAGGAGCCGGCCGACGGGGACGCGGGUAGCGACACCACUCUGGCUGACAGACUGUGUGAAGCCGAGGAGAGGAUCCAUGUGCUGCAUUCAUCCCUGAACACCGCCCAGGCAGAGCUGCUGGAUCUGAGGUGCAAAUACGACCAGGAGAAGGCCAACAAGACGGAGGAGGUCGGCGCGAUCAUGACAAACCUCGAGCGAGCCAACCAGAAAGCAGAGAUGGCCCAGAGGGAGGUGGAGAGGCUGAAGGAGCAGCUGGCUGGUGCCCACAGCGGCGCCACCCCCUGGAGCUGCCAUCCACCAGAGGGGGCUAGUGGGGAGAGGGAAGGGAAGGGAGAGGUGGAGGCCUCUCUCCUGGCCAAAGACAGAGAGACCCUCCGGCUGCUGGAGAAUGUUCAGAGACUGCAGUUCACACUGCAGGAAGUCCAGGACACCUCGGCCAAUCAGAUCCUAGAGCUGGAACGCCAGCUGGCCUAUAAGACUGAAGCUAUUGAGAGAUUAGAGGCUAAACUGCAAUCCCAGAUUGACUAUGAAGAGAUUAAAACAGAACUCAGUAUCCUGAAGGUAAUGAAGCUGGCAUCAGCCAAUGGCAGCUCGUCCCAGGGCUCAUCCAAGGCUGCAGAAGCUCUUUUGCUGGACAAAGAGGCCUUUCUUCCAUCUCACAAGUACCUUGUGGAUAAGACCCACAUCCUGCACAGCAACGAUGAGGACCAGCCGCAAGAGUCGGCCAGGGAGGGAGCGAGGCCGUCUGGACCCCACUCCUCCUCCUCCCAGGCAGACGGCCGUGCCUCCCCCAGCCCAGGCCCCCCCACCCUGGACGGGUCGUUCUCCAGCUACGACCUCCCCCGCCCCUUCUCCGUGUCGCCCUGCUCCGGGGACAGACUCUCCGGGGACCACAUCCUCCACAAGCAGCUGCUCUCCCCGCUCUUUAAGAAGGAGGGCAGCGGCCUCAUGGCCUUCCCCACUGCCCUCUACGCAGCCAAAGCAGCCCUUAUGUCGACCAAUCAGGGGCCUGCCGGGGCCGGGGGCGUGGAGGCUGGCCUGCCCAGCGACCAAUCAGAGAGCGGGAGCUCCACGGCGGGAGACGAGGACCAGUUGGACACGGCGGAGAUCGCCUUCCAGGUCAAGGAGCAGCUGCUGAAGCACAACAUUGGCCAGCGUGUGUUUGGUCACUACGUGCUGGGCCUAUCACAGGGCUCCGUCAGCGAGAUCCUGGCCCGGCCCAAACCCUGGAGGAAGCUGACGGUGAAAGGCAAGGAGCCUUUCAUUAAGAUGAAGCAAUUCCUGUCCGACGAGCAGAACAUCCUGGCUCUCCGGACCAUCCAGGUUCGCCAGAGAGGGAGCAUCACUCCUCGUAUCCGAACUCCCGAAACUGGGUCAGACGACGCCAUUAAGAAUAUCUUGGAGCAGGCCAAGAAGGAGAUCCAGUCUCAGAGAGGAGGGGAUGGGAAGUCGUCUCUGGGAAGCGUGUCGGGCAGGAGCAGCAACGGAGCGGGCAGCAGCUCCGACGACACCAUCAAGAACAUCCUGGAGCAGGCCAGGAGGGAGAUGCAGGCACAGCAGCACGCCCUGAUGGAGAUGGAGUCCUGCGGCCGGGCGUCCGCCUCCAGCGUCGGGGCCCAGGUGGAGCGCCUGGGGCCCCCGGAGCCCUCCAAGGGCCUGCCCUUACCCGCCUUCAUCAAGCAGGAGGAGGGGAGCUCGGUGACGGUGUGCAUGGCCAACCCCACCAGCGGGCCCCAGACUCCCCUGAGUGUCAUCUCCCCCGCCGCCUUCGUGCAGAACAUCAUCCGCAAGGUCAAGUCCGAGAUCGGCGAGGCCGGCACUUACUUCGACCAGCACUGGUCUGUGGAGCGGGGCCCCAUAGGCGUGGUCGGGACUCUGGGCCCCAGCUCCCGGCCCUUCACCUCCGUGUCUCCCUCCCUGUCCUCCUCCUCCUCCUCGGGGCCCUCAGCCCCGCCCCGGACCUGGCCCCGUCUGGAGAACGGAGAGUGUCUGUCCAACAGCGAGGAGGCAUCUGCCGCCGAGGAGGAGCCGGGGAUGGGCCGGCCCGUGGAGGUGAAGGUGGAGUCGGACAUGUCUGUGAGCGGGGAGUCCCCUGGUCCUGGCCGCCUGUCCUACUACCCAGCGUACAUCCCCCGCACCCUGAAACCCACCGUGCCCCCCCUGACCCCGGAACAGUACGAGCUGUACAUGUACCGCGAGGUGGACACCCUCGAACUGACGCGGCAGGUCAAAGAGAAGCUGGCCAAGAACGGGAUCUGUCAAAGGAUCUUUGGUGAAAAGGUGCUAGGCCUGUCUCAGGGCAGUGUCAGUGACAUGCUGUCUCGGCCCAAGCCCUGGAGCAAGCUUACCCAGAAAGGCCGGGAGCCCUUCAUCCGUAUGCAGCUGUGGCUACUGGACCAGCUGGGCCAGGGCCUCAACCAUCUCCCCAGCCACAGCCUCUCUCUAGACAAAAGUCCUGUGAACACCCAGUCGUCGCCCUCCCCGCCUCCCAGCCCGGCAGAAAGCCACCCCAGCCCGCUGGUGGAGCCUGUCAGCCUGGCUCUGGAGAGCAGCAAGGAGAACCAGCAGCCUGAAGGUCUGGGCCCGGGCCUCCACCCAGAGGGAGGGAAGUCCACCCCCUGUCUGCUGUCCCUGUCCCAGCCCCACACCCCCCUGGGCAUCCAGGAACUGGUGUCCAUGUCCCCUGAGCUGGACACUUAUGCCAUCACCAAGAAGGUCAAAGAGGUACUCACAGACAACAACCUCGGCCAACGGCUGUUUGGGGAGAGCAUCCUGGGUCUGACCCAGGGCUCCGUCUCAGACCUGCUCUCCAGACCCAAACCCUGGCACAAGCUCAGCCUCAAAGGGAGGGAGCCCUUCGUCCGCAUGCAGCUGUGGCUCAACGACCCCCACAACGUGGACAAGCUGAGGGACAUGAAGAAGAUGGAGAAAAAGGCAUACUUAAAGAGGCGGUACGGGCUGUUAAGCACGGGCUCAGACAGCGACUCUCCCAGCGUCCACUCUGAGUGUGUGAGCCCAGCGCUGGCCUCCCUGGACCUGUGCCCCUACAGCCAGGUGAAGAAGGUCCGGGUGGUUCUCGGUGCCGAGGAAAAGGAGGCCCUGAGGAAGGCUUAUCUCCUGGAGCCCUACCCCUCCCAGAACACCAUCGAAAUGCUGGCCGCCCGGCUACAUCUAAAAACCAACACUGUCAUCAACUGGUUCCACAACUACAGAUCGAGGAUGAGGAGGGAGGUUCUGAUGGAGGGACUCCAGGACAACGACACGGACGCCGAGCCCCACAGCUACUCUCCGCUGGCCACGCGGAGCCCCCACUCCGACACCGAGGAGAAAAGGCUGCCGCCCCCUUCCGGACGCUUCUCCUACGCAAGCCGUCCCCCGGGCGCCAACACAGCACUGCCUCACGUCAAACAGGAAGCUGGUGAGCGGCUGGACGAAGGGGGCGAGGAGGACAGGGAGGGAUUCCUGAGACAGUCUCGCAUUCAAUGUUUCUCCAUGAGUGUUCAGUUCCCUCAGUUGAAAACUGAGCCCGAGGACUUGCUGGGCGGCUGCCACGACCUCCACUUGGCUCCACACUGUCAGAGCCUGAGGCAGGAGGAGGCCAUGAGCAGCCAGGCCCAGGGGCUGUUCCCCGGGAUGCCCUCCGCGGAUGGUCCACAGAGACCCAACCAGUCCAGACACGAAGGAGACGACUCCAACAAGUCGCCCGUGGACCCCGUCAGCUUCAAAGCCUCGUCCGAGCCAUGCCGUGGCAGCCUGGAGGUCUCCCUCAACUCCCCCUCGGCCGCUUCCUCGCCGGGCCUCAUGAUGUCGGUCUCCCCGGUCCCCUCGUCCUCUGCACCCAUCUCCCCCUCCCUGCCCAACCCGCCCACCGCUGGCUCCAACCACAGCCUGGAUCCCAACCCACUCCCCACCCUCCAGAGCCCCAAACUCAACAGGAGCAGUCAGAGACGCAAUGAGAAAAUGGCGAACCUUAAUAACAUCAUCCACAGGCUGGAGAGAGCAGCCAAUCGGGAGGAGACGCUGGAGUGGGAGUUUUAGGGCAUCUUUCACCUCUGCUCUGUCCUUUUGACCCGCAUGGCACAUGGGAAACUCUGAAAGAGAAACCUGCUGAUCACGUGGUGUGGAGCCUGGCUCCUAAAGGUCUCCCUCAUCACACUGAAAACCCCCUAAUAGGAAACUGGGAAACUGGGACUUUUAGUAAAGAAAAAAAUAUUUAUAAAUGUGUUUUAGGUUUUUUUGAUAAUGGGAUACUUCUUUGAAAUAUAUGUAACAGCACGAGCUGUUGUUUUACGUAAUGGACUGAUGUGAAGACUUUUGCAGCUAUGGUGUCAUGAAAUGUGCACUGAAGUUCUGUAGAUUGCCACUGGGUGAGAUUAAAAAAGACCCCUGUCUUAAGCCAUCAAAAGCACUAUAACUAUUUAAAAAGAGACAUUGACCAAAUUUGCUACUUUUUGAAUAGCAUUUUUUCAGAUUUUGUCUGUAAGACAGGACAGUUUAAGUCAAGUAACAUGCAAUCUUACUACUGACUGAGGGAUAGUCCUUCAAGACUCUAAAUAUUCAACAUCUCGUAUGUACUACUUAGUUUCUUGGUGAUAUGUUUUGACAUACUCGUCACACUAACGUAUAAAAUGUGGUUGUACAUGUUGUAGAGUUGUCUGCAAUAGCCUUCUAUGAACCAGAUGUAGCAUGGUACUCAGCUGACCCUGUUAUCCUCUAUAGUUAGUCACCUGUGAUAUACUUGAGCAAAAAUGAGUGAAAAAAGUUGAAAAAUCUGCAAAAAAUAAGAAAAAAGGAAAAUGUUCAAUUAAUGGGUAGAAUACUUUAGUGUGAUUCUUUUCUUUUUAAUAAUCCUUGAGGUUUACAGUUUAGGGCCCUUGUGCUUUUGGCAGUAAGUGAAACAUUCACUACACAUGAGCACAGUUUACAUAAUUUAUUUCAGACUUACCUCUCUGAUCCCUAGGGCACUGAUUCUCUGACCGGGCCAAGGCACACCCGGUUACCUCAAAUUAUGUUGAUGCGCUUCAUGUAUUAUCAUGCUGUCAUUUAUAGUCACACCAAUCACCCUCACAUUCCUUUCAAUACGUGGGUGAUUGUGAUUAUGGGUCAUGCCUCAAACUGCAAGAAGAUGAAUGAAGUGUAUCAUCCUCUAUAUUUCCCUAUAUCCAUAUACCUUUCAGUCAGUCAUCCUUUUGUCUGUUAGUGUGCGAAUGUUUCCCCAGAGUAACACCACUCAUCCUACAGGACCUUUUUAAUUCUUGAACGUGUUGUGUACUGUAGCUGCGACCAAUGUCUGCUCUUUAAUUUACAGACAGAAUCUAGACUUCAGCUCAGUGGAAUAAGGCAAUACAAACAGUUUGGAAUCAGAACUCGGGUUCAUUUCCUGUAUGAUUAGAUAAGGUUGAAUCUGAUCAGCUAGACCACCAACAAGUACCUCAAUAUUGGGGCAAUAUCUGACUUAAAUAAUACAUGAAAGCAUAACAUGAUAUAAUCUGUUAAUGUGACAACAUUCAUUUGUAAGUACAUUCAAGAAUGCAAAAUGAGACUACAGGUAUUUCCGUCGUAUAUCUUUGCUCCUGGCCACUAGUGUAUUGUGUCUAUGAGUUUUUGUCAUGCUUGCAAAUUGUCUUAUCUCAUGUUUGCUUCUGUUUUAUACUCUAAACAAUUUACUAGAUCUUCAAUACCUUGUGUAUUGACUACGUACAGCACUUAGAUUUUAAUAAUUGUGAAGAUUCAAGAAAAGCUCAAAUAUCAAAAUUAUCCUUAGUGUCCACAAGUCCUUGCCUUUAUACUGUAUUGUUGAAGUUGGUAGUAGACACUUGCACAUGUCUGAAUAGUUCUCAACAUUUGGAUUGUAUAUGUAGAGAUAUAUAAAUAUUACACAAUUACUAAAAAUGAAACCUUACGUUCAACAACAAAGUGUGCUGAUAAUAUUGAAAUAGAGUGUACAGAUUUAAUAAACCAAACUCAUAUAUACCAGUUCUGGUCUGGCGAGCUUGCCCAUGUUUUAGACCUUCUCUCAGGGUAGUCUUGCUUUUUAAAGCUUUACGGAACCAGUCACUCUCAUAACUGGUGAACACAAUAUUUAAUGAAUAGUAAUUGAUGCAAACUAUAGACACAAUAACUACCAUAUGUUACAUUGGAUAAUGAAAAUUCCAUCUCUAGUGGAAUGCAUGUUGAAAUCAUUGGUUGGUUUUUGAUAGUGAACCAGUUGAUGACUGACUGUUUUGUAAGCUACACCGAAAUUUACAAUGACAUAUACCUUUAAUCAAUUGAUUUAAGGGAUCAACCAGGAUGAGGCUAUUCAAUUUCUGAUAUAUAGUGAGUCGUGUAACUUUUCCAUACUUGCUGAGCAGGUACUGUGGUCCUCAUAUGGUGGAGUAACACAGUAUACCUCUUGUAUUAAAACGGGAAAUCGGGAAAUUCUACAUUAAACUCAUAAUUAAUCUUAGUCUUUAAUUUAAUAUUGUUUUUAAUAUUUGAGGUACUUUUGAACGAUGAAACACUUAUUGUAUGGUGUUCUGCCGCUUUACAGAGUAGAGAAUCUUGGACUAACAUUAUCGCGGAAAUUGUGAUUUAUUUACUCAGAGCCAUACCUCUCUACAUGUAAACCUCAUCUCAUUGUUUGAAUUUGCAUGCAGUUUCAUUCUGAUCACAUUUAAAUGGAAACGACUGUAUUUUGUAUUGUUGUUCUGGUACGUUGAAUCUGCACUUAUCCCUUUUUACACCAGUUAAUUCCAUUGCACUGGUAUUUUGCAUUUGGUAACUUUGGCACGGGCACUCAUUGAGAAUAGAGUUGUUUGUAAUUUGAUGUCAUUUAUAUGAAGACUGGGAAUUUAAUGCAAAUGAAGAAAAAGAGAAAAAAGAAUCAGGCCAUUUUCAUCCAAUAAAUCACUGUUCAAAAGUAAUUAUUAAUACCUUGCCAUAUCAAGCCUCAUGGUUUUUCCUGGGAAUUUAGGUAAACAGUGCUUUCACUCAAAAUGACUGUCUAACCCAGUAAAAAAAAGCUAAGCUUUUUGUAAUAAGUGUUGGAUGGAUAUUAAAUGAACCUCUGUCACUUAAG